ACCGGUGAGCGCGGAGAUGCCCGUUAUGGCGACGCGAUGGCUGUUCGUCCUGGAGCUCGUGAUGUACGCAGGUUGUUUCAUCUGUGGUAUCAUCGCCGCCGCUUUGCUGACGAUCACGCAGGGAGAUUUCUCGGGGGAAUGCCUGCUCUACGGGAGCGUGCACUACAACGUCUCCGCUCAGACUCUGGACCCCGACGCAUUCAGCUCCCCGUCCCUCUGCUACUUCCUGACGGCCAUCUCCGUGGGCGUGGCCAUCUACUGCCUCUCCUUCAUCCUCUACUGGGCCUACAACAAGUUCCUGGGAGAGCAGCUCAAAAGGGAAACCCUGUGGCUGAACGUGACGCUGGGCGUGUGCGGCGUGUUCCUGGUCUUCCUGCUCGUCUCAGGCUGCAUGCUGCGGAUCGGCCGUGAUCAGCUCUGCCUCUCCGUCCAGAACAGCACACCCCUGCUCUCCAGCUGCGAGCAGGCGGAGAAUGAGACAUGGGGCCAGCCCUACAUCGGGAGUCACUUUUACACAGGACUGCACAACACUGAGAAGUCAGUAUGGGUGAACUUCUUCUUCUGGGUGGUGAUCGUUGUCUUGGUGGCGUUGCAGAGGCAGCAGGGGUCAGAGGUCAGGGUGGUGCGGGAGGAUGACUGGAGCUCAUCUGAGACCGAGCCUUUAUUCCAACGACCAGCCCGUCCGCAGUGA